ACUAGGCAUGAAAUCAAUGAGUCAGCUCCUAGACUGAACAUAUCUAUGCAGAAUUUGUCUCAAAAUAGGCUCACAAGGGAGGAUUUCUCUAGCUCCAGUUUGAAAGAAGCCUGGACAUGUGAUGGAGGAUUAGGGAGGCUACAGAGCAUUGAGGAGAAAAUUAAGCAAGUAAAAAUCGCUCAAAGGAAAACUUAUAGUGAUAUAAAAAACUAUGAAGAUACAAAAUAUGACCGAAGUGUCAGCGUGGAACCAAAGUUUCUAACUCAACAGAAAGUAUUCAUAGGAAAAGAGCUCUUUUUGUCUUCAAAACCAAGAAAGUGCCAUAAAACUUUAUCUAAGGAGAUAGAUUCUAGAUAUGAUGAAUGUGAGGAAUCCUUCAUUUCUCAGUCAGAUUUUAUUGCAUAUCAUAGAUUUCAUCCUAGAAAGAACCAUGGUGCUUCUAAUGAAUGUGGGAAAUCUAUUGAUUUCAGCUCACAUAUUAAUUCCCAUCAGAAUAUCAAUAUUGAAAAGAAUGCUCCUAAUUAUAUUAAAUUUGAGAAAGCUGCCAUCCAAAAUGUCCAACUAAUUGAACAUCAGAGAAUUCACACUGGAGAGACACCUGAAUAUAGUAAAUAUGGGGAGCUUUUCAACCAUGGUUCAUCCCUUGCUUCCCAUCAGAAAAUAAACACUGAGAAAAAACCUAACCAUUGCUUGAAGUCCUUCCUUCAAAGUUCACAGCUUUCUUGUCAUCAGCAAAUUUAUACUGGAGAGAAGCUUCAUGAAUGUAAUCAAUGUGGGAAAGCCUUCCAUCGGAAAAGACAGCUUACUCAGCACCAGAAAAUUCAUACUGGAAAGAAACCUUUUGAGCGUAAUGACUGUGGAAAGCCUUUCCACCUGAGGGAACACCUUACUCAACAUCAGAGGAUCCAUACUGGAGAGAAACCUUAUGAAUGCAAUAAAUGUGGGAAGGCAUUCCACCUGAGGGAACUCCUUACUCUCCAUCAGAGUAUUCAUACAGGAGAGAAACCUCAUAAAUGUGAUGAAUGUGGAAAAGCCUUCAGUCAGAGAGGACAUCUUAAUCUACAUCAGAGAAUUCAUACUGGAGAAAAGCAUUACAAAUGUAAUGAUUGUGGGAAGCUCUUUCGUCUGAAAGAACACCUCACUCGACAUCACAGGAUUCAUACUGGAGAAAAACCUUAUGAGUGCAGUGACUGUGGAAAGGCCUUCCGCCUAAGUGAACACCUUACUCGUCAUCAGAGGAUUCAUACUGGAGAGAAACCUUAUGAAUGCAAUCAGUGUGGGAAGGCUUUUCACUUAAAAGAACUCCUUACUCUCCACUGGAGUGUUCAUACUGGAGAGAAACCUCAUAAAUGUAAUGAAUGUGGGAAGGCUUUUAGCCAGAGAGGACACCUUAUUGUACAUCAGAGAAUUCACACUGGAGAGAAACCUUAUGAAUGUAAUGUAUGUGGAAAGGCCUUCCAUGCAAGAGAACUGCUCACUCUCCAUCUUAGUAUUCAUACUGGAGAGACACCUUACAAAUGUAAUGAAUGUGGGAAGUUCUUCAGCCAGAGAGGACACCUCACGGGACAUGAGAGAAUUCACACUGGAGAAAAACCUUAUGAAUGUAAUGACUGUGGGAAAGUGUUUCGUCUAAAAGAACACCUUACUCAGCAUCAUAGGAUUCAUACUGGAGAGAAGCCUCAUAAAUGUAAUGAAUGUGGAAAGGCCUUCAGCCGGAGAGAACACCUUACUAGACAUCAGACAAUUCAUACUGGAGAGAAACCUUAUGAGUGUAAUGAAUGUGGGAAGGCCUUUAGCCUGAGAGGAUCACUUACUCGACAUCAGAGUAACAGAUGUCAUCCCAUAUUUGGAAAUUAAGCUAAGAUUUUGUAGGACCUGAUUGUGGACAACUACAAAAACCCCAAGUAGUGAAUUAAAGUGCUAAAUUGUAUGAAAUUCACUAUUAAUGGGUUUUUUCUGACUAAUACAAUGAAAAAAUACUUAACAUUUUAAUUUACAAAUUUCAUAGAAUACUCCUCAAAAUACCAAAAAUGUCUUGGCUGUUCAAAGCUUUGGACUCUGCUUUCCAAAUGCUAGGCUUGUAUCAAGAUGACUAGGAAAAUAAAAGUCCAUGUUCUUGUUCUAUC